CCAACUCACGCUUGUGACUCUUUCUAUCUUCACAAAGCAUAUCGUACUUUUUUUUAUCUUUACAAAGUACCCUAACCAUGUUCAGUGCCGGAUUACCACGACGAUUUCUGUCUUGUCGUCAAUUUCAUACUUGUCUAGUAAGGUGUGCUGGUGCCGAUGCUGCAUUUCACUACAAACUACGUGGCAAAGGCCGACAGUUUAUUGAUCUUGUCCGCGUUGUUUCCAAAGGUGGUAAUGGUGGGGACGGCUGCGUAUCGUUUCACCGCGAAAAGUUUUUGGCCAAGGGUCCACCAAACGGGGGCAACGGCGGUCGAGGCGGCAGCGUGAUCAUUCGCGCGUGUGCCGACGAAACAACCCUGCGUCAUCUUGGACGCGUAUGCACAGCCAAACGUGGACAAAACGGGAUGGGUGGUGGUCGCCAUGGUACCACGGGUGCCGAUUUGAUUGUCAAGGUGCCCGUGGGCACGGUUGUUCGAGAGCGCGUUGUGCAGUCACGGCAACAAGACGAGGAGGAAGAACAAGAGCACGAAGAGGCGUUGGAAGAUCGAUGGGUGUUUUUCCCACGUGAAGAACAGCGCGAUCUUCCAGCUGGCAAAGUCGACUUUUUCAAACAAGCACAACGCACCAUGGUACAGGAAGACAAGUACUUGAGAUGGCGCGCACGUCAUGAAGAUAGCUCGUUGAUUCAUGCAGACCUGACCGAACCUGAUCAAGAAAUCGUUGUAUGUCGUGGCGGUGCAGGAGGAUACGGCAAUCCGCACUUUCUCACAAAUGAAAACCGCUCGCCCAAAUUUGCUACACGUGGACGCAAAGGCGAAACCCGCGAAUUCGAACUGGAGCUCAAGACCAUUGCUGAUAUUGGGUUGGUCGGUAUGCCCAAUGCUGGCAAGUCGACAUUGCUGGGUGCUAUUUCCAAUGCCCACCCCAAGCAGGCCGACUAUGCAUUUACAACCCUCCAUCCGUUUGUCGGUACCGUAGACUUUGCGGACAUGUAUCAGCUAACCGUGGCGGAUAUCCCGGGUUUGAUCGAAGGCGCACAUCGGAACAUUGGGUUAGGGCAUGCAUUUUUGCGACAUGUGGAGCGUGCCAAAAUUCUCGUCUAUGUCGUUGAUCUCAGUAGUGAAAGCCCUUGGGAAAACCUGCAAACGUUACAGAACGAACUGGAAGCUUAUCGACCCGGACUGACGAAGCGACAGUCAUUGAUUGUCGCAAACAAGGCGGAUCAAGUUCGUCGAGCCAAGGAUAACCUUGAACGACUACAAGCCCAAGUCAAUGACAUUCCCAUCGUUACGGUAUCGGCUCGCUAUGAAAAGAAUAUUCUCAAACUCACAUCAACAAUGCGCAAAAUGGUGGAGCAAGUUCGCAAAGAGGAAGAAGAAGCAAAACGACUGGAAGAACUUGAAAAGGAAGAUGGUUUAUAAUAGGGGCUGUUGUAUGUAUAUAUAUAUAAGAACUACAUCAUUGUAAAUAAUACUACACUUUGUCUUUCAA